CGACAUACGAAUCCUUUAGGCAUCAGAAAUACAAGACCUUUUCAUAUCAGUGAAUCUGGCGCGGCUACAAUAAUCAAUCCAGAGAUUAUCCAGAGAUAGUGUUCGAACAGCAACGAUGUCUGCACCAACCAAACCCACGGAUAGCCCAGUCAAGAGUCCACAAGGAGCUGAAUCACCUACGACCGCGCGUCCUUUCGAGAUGGAGAACGAUGAUGAAGAUGUCCAAGAGUCAGGAAUAUUGAGCAGCGAUGCGCCAACCGCAGCAAAGCAUGCAACAGUUGAGGAUGAAGCUCCUGCGAAGCCUCCUCGUCCUCUCAGUCCUCAGCAGCAAGCCGAGAAUACGUUGAAGGAAGCAUUCCCUAGCAUCGAUGCUGCUGUAGUCAAAGCUGUCUUGAGAGCUAGUGGUGGUCAUGUUGAACCAGCCUUCAAUGCUCUACUUGGCAUGUCGGACCCUGAUGCCGUAAGAGAGCCGACUCCUCCACCCCAGCCUCCACGGCCUCAAGCACAACGUGUUGGAUCUACCCCGCAGUCUCAGCUGGAGGCCGAUGAGCAAUAUGCUCGUCAACUUGCGGAACACUAUGGAGGCGGCUAUGGCAGUGAGAGACCUUACAAUGCAAGCAGAGGAAGCCAACCUCGCAGACAACAGACUGGACUGAGACCGAAUGAGAACUAUCAGCAAGAACCUGAACGUAACUUCAUCGACGAUGAUCUUCCCGUAAUCAGAGAAAACCUGAAGAAAGGAUUUCUUGAAACACAGAGCAAAGUCAAUGGUUGGAUCACCAAUCUGAAAAAGAAAAUCGAUGGCGAGGAUGACAACACCCAACAAGGCUAUCAAUCUGGACCGUCGGGCCAAUACCGCAGAAGUGGUGACGGUAGGCAAAGUGGCGACUACGGCCGUUAUGAUGCAGAUCCCGAACUACUGAGUGAUGACUUUGCCGGCAUUCAAAUGAACUCUGAUGGUACACCUGUUCAGAAGCAACGAUCCACUCGUCCUCUCGCCAACCCUGAUCUCUUCAAACCUACCCCUGCUGCUCCUAGACCUUCAGAUGGUCGCAAAGUCUCGUUCCAAGGCGGUCCACCAGAGGAAAUUGACAUCUAUCGAACUUCUCCCAAGAUUGCAGCUAAGGAAAACGCACCACCAGCAGGGAAGCAGAGCAAGUGGCAACCACUAUCUACUGUUGACCCUAGCCCGAUCGGCGAGACGGAGAAUGAUCCAUUCAGUCUCGGAGACAGUGAGGAUGAGAAAGAGUCCAAGGAUCGUGUUGGUGGCAAGGAGAUCAAGAUGGACGAUGCUGAGAGACUGAAGAAGGCUGCUGCUGAGGCCAUGGCUGACAAUAUUGCUGAGCCAGCCCGGAAGCCCGAACCAGCCGAGACAGUUGGCACGAAGGACAAGAUUGCAGAUGAGAAAUUGAGUGGAAAGUCCUGAAUUGUCGCAUGUGGGGCGUGGGAUGUCGAGGUGUUGUCUUUGUCUACUAGCGAUCCAUUUCCUUGUCAGAGAAGGUCAAUGAUAUCCGAAUGAAUUACUGCAUCA